AUGCUGGGGCUGCUACUGCUGCUGCAGGUGUUGGCCAGCUGCCUCUGGCUGGGACACAGCACGGUGGAGACACCCUUUUUGAUUUGUCCUCAGUUCUUCUAUGAUGGGAUUCCCCCAAAUAAUGCCCUGAACCCACAGAACCCAGCCUGGAUCUGUCAGCGCUUCAGGAACUCGUUUCGCUAUGCCACCCUGUACGACAGAGACAGGAGAAUUCCAGUGUACUCUGCUUACAUCUUCCAGCCUAGAAACACCGAGAAACCUCCAGAGUGGUGGAUGGUUGAGCCUCAGGUGAGUAAUGUAAAUGUUAAAGAGAUGGAAAGAGAGUCAGAUCUCAUUGCUCAUCAUCAUUUCACCUUAGACCAAAUCGAAGAGAGCCAGGCUGUCCUUGAUGACUACAAAGGACUGAAAGAUUUGGACUUUGGCCAUUUGAUUCCCAGUGACCAUAUGGAGAGUCUAGGGAGCAAGAUGGCUACCUUCACCCUGACCAACGUAGUGCCCCAGGACAGCAGUCUCAACAAGGGUCAGUGGAACAUCUACCAGUCUAAAACAAUGCCCAAAAUGACCAAGGGCUGUACAACGACUUACGUGAUCACAGGUGCUGUGCCUGGGAGCACUGACAUCGCUGUAGGGAGAGUGAACAGACCCAGCCACAUCUGGUCAGCUGCCUGCUGCGUGGUGGGCACAGAGCCCACAAGUGCUUGGGGGGCCAUCGCUGAGAACAACAAGAAUGAAGUGGUGACCAUCACGCUGGGGGAGCUGGAGGAGAGGUUGACCAAUUUCUACGGUAGAAAGGUUAUUCUGUUUGAGAAAGCAUGUCCCCGGCAAUAA